GGAAGCUUGGAUCAACGGGACGGUCCUGGCCGCACUUCAUGGGGGGUUCUGACAGCCUAACGAUGUUGAGGAGGAACACCCUGGCGAGUCUAUUUAACAUGAAGACCUGCCCUUGGAUAACCCGUCUGAUCUAAUAUUCUGAGACGUGCGACAUGUCACGGCAGAGUUCUUAUAUUCUCUUGAAGAGAGGUUUUGGAAAUUCCAUUUCCUGUACCCCGGAUCACGCAUACAUACAUUUCCACAGCGGGGCAUCUCGACCCUGCGGUGGAGCACCGGCGCUAGCACUCUCGACCCCUCCUUCACCAAAUCCGCCGGCAUGACUGCGUAUGCAGAGAAUCCCAAACUGGGAAAUGGAAAUUCAGCUGUGGAAGGAGCAGAUGGAAAAUGAAAAGAGGCAACGUAUGAGAGCAUCGCGCCAAAAGCGCGGUAUAGAAAGAACCCACUUGCCAUCUCCCAGCUCAUGUGUAGCUGCCUAAUGUAUUCAUCCUUUUUGUUUUCAACUCCCUCGUUCUCAUCACGAGAAUAUCGUGAUCAUUGGGCAACAUCUCCAACAGGUCUUCGCGACUGGUCCAAGAACCACAUCAAGCUCCGCUCAAGGUGGCUCGGGAUUCGUCAACAUUGGUCAUUCACGGCCUGAUAAGAACACCCACACGCAGCCACCUCGCGUCGAGACAUUGCAGCAGCCCGCCGUCUUGACUCCUCAGCUUUGAGCUCGUUGCUUCCCCAGUCUUGCGGCUGUUCUCGACUCCAGCCUUUGGGCUCCGUCGUCGUGUCGACCACUGGUCACCGCCUCUCCUCUUGCUGCAACUUUCUUUGGCCUCUUCUGUUCCUCCAACGACCCACACUUAUCCUUCCCUCUUUCAAGAGGUCAUUCAUCCGGCGACAAUAGGGUCGGCCUACGCCGCGAAUGGGAUCCCGGGCCGUGUGUCACGAGCUCUCACCUCCGCCAAUUACAAUUGCAUUUAAUCUACGAAGAGGCCCAGAGCACCACUCGACAACUAGAGAUUCCACUCCCCAACUCCUAGGCCUCUAGCUACACUUGCGGCUCCGGAUUGUGGCAAAGAGAAUCUCGGUAUAAAGGCAGGACAUCAUCUUGGAAUAGCAACUCCGCUGCGUGCUAGAGGAGGUUCUGGAUCUCUUGCCGUUGGCCGUUGGUAUAUCGUUUUUUGCUCUGGUUUUCAUCUUACCCACGAAUACGCUCCCUCAUAACACCAUCCCGUCUAUCGGGAUUGUUGAGUUCACCAAUAUUUUGUUACGUUUUCCAAAAAUGCAUGCACCAUGAGUUCCAGUCGACGAAACCAAGGGGCAUGGUCCAAGUGGGAACAUGAUGAGCAGAACAACCGAUAUUUUAGGGCCAGACGGAACCACAGAGGUGAUUGGGAAUAUGACUACAGCUACCCGCCAAGCAGUGAGCAGCAAGCUCCUCGUGGUGAUGGUGUUGAUAAUCUCGCGAGCUCUAUGUCCAAUGUGACCAUCUCAGAUACAUCGUACAAUCUUGAUACGCCGGGUGUCCAAGAUGGUUCGGCAUAUGAUGACUCUUAUACGUUUAGUGCCCCGACUGGUUCCACGAGCUUCGGGCUGUCGGGUAUUCCACCGAGCCCUGGGCAGAACAUAGUUUAUAGUGACCAAACUCAGGGAUAUGGAGCGCCACCUGCACAAGGUUACGAUGGGUACUCGACCAGGCCAAAUGGGAAAUCUUACGACCAGUCUUCUGGAUACAGACCAUCCAAAGGGAAAAGCUCCUCGUCAAGGAGACCUCGGAACAGGGGAAAACCUCAACCUGAUGAUCUGCAGCCAGCUCAACCCCAGUCAUUUGGGCCCGGUGAGCCGUUCUACGAACCAACGAAGCCUACUUCAUCCUACGAUGAAGCCUCAUCUGUUGCAUCCGAGUAUGGAACUGAUCUUGCAGAUGGUACGGAUGCAAGUGUUGCAAGUGAAUUCGACGAUCAAGGAACCCAAGUUGCGCCCAAUCCCGCAGAGUCCACCUAUUACUCAGGCAGCACUGUCACUCUUGAUCCAAGGGCAGCCGUGUUUUCAGAGCCUGGCCCUAUAGAAGGUGAAGUUGAAGAGGACACUGCGACUGUGAUUCAACCCCCAGAGGAGUACUCUACUAUUCCCGAGGCCUAUGAGGAAGAUGAUGGGUACGGAACUGGCAUGGUGCCUGGAGCAGCUUCAAUGGUUACUGGAUAUGACCAGUCCGCAUAUCAAUUUCAAGACGAUCCGGGGCAGCAGACACCAAGAGCUCUGUCUCCGAUGGUGAAGACCCCUUACUCGUAUGGGAAUACCAUCAACCAACGAGUCAGCGAAAGAGGCUAUGGUACUUCACAUUCAUCGCAACAAAAUGACAUUUGGAGCAGCUUCGUUGUCGAACACUCGUCAAGAUUCCAACCGGGAGAAGUAGGUGACUCUCAAUAGAGAUUGAAUUUUCUUGGCUAACAUGACCGGAUGUUAAGGUCUUUAAAAUCUACUGGUCUGAACCUCUCGGGAGCGGUAUGAACGCGACCCUGCGAUCCUACAUGCAACGAGGCCAGAAGUUUCAUGAAAGCUUUCGUCGGUUCAUUGUUGUCGCUACCGACGAAGGUCAUUCUACUUGCGUGCCUAUUCUGACAUAUGGUCAUCAAGCCUGCACCAAAAAGGGCGUGAAGCCCCGCAAGCAUGGGAUCGUCUAUGCCUCUGGUACAAGACCACGCAUGAUGCCGGGCGAGCCAGACUUGGGUUUCGAACCUGUGCGGCUCGAGCUCACAGAACGAACCGAGAAGCUCGACAAGGAGUCGCGCGUGAAUUACGCGAAGCUUGUCACGAUCGAGCACAACUACAGAGUGUUCUUCAUUGGCCGUAUUGCCACCUCCGACUUCCACAACAUCGUCACACCCGCUGUUGACUACUGUUGGCAAAACAAGAACCGUUAGCACGGUCGAAUCCGGUUUUCUCUUUCCUAUUUCUUGGAUACUUUAACUAAGCUUUUUUUUUUUUACAGCGGGCAGGGCUACUGAUAAGCGUAUCUUGCGUGCCCGGGGUUUUCCUGUGGUUUUUUUUCUUUUUUUUCUUCAUUUACAUUAUUUGAUACUUUAUGACGGUCAUCGUCAAGAACUUGGGCAGACAUACCUCUAACGUUUUUUUACGAUCGCUGCUAGUAGUCAACCAGCCAGCAGCUCCUUAUUUUCUCCGUCACCAGUCUCGAGACCAAUUUAUCUACGUUUUUCACACCUCUUCUCAGUAUCCGAAUAUACGUUUCUUUAUUUUCUGGCUGACGCCAUCGAUGUUCAGCCAGCUGCGGCUAUUUCACGAUUUAUGACCAUUUCUUCUUCAAAUAACAACUGCAACUUUGGCAACAGCAAUGGCAGGAUCUUUUUGGGGAAGGCGAUGAUGAGAAUAUGAUGUUUAUGAUCUUCGUUUCAUGUUACUGAUUUAUAACAUUUUUAUUUUUUUGGCUAUGACUUCAAGGAUUGGGUAUCGUGUUGAACAGAUUGGAAAAUGUUGAUCCAGUGGAAAAGGCGGAUGGGAUUGAUGAGCAGGUUUUUGUCUUGGUUAUUCUUUCGAAACGGGCAAAACCAAGACAAGAGAUCUUGUG